GCAGUGACGUCACGCGGCGGCAUGGCGGGCAGCGGGCGGCGGCCGGAGCACCGCGGGCCGCCCGAGCUGUUCUACGAUGAGGCCGAGGCGCGGAAGUACACUCAGAACUCCCGGGUGGUGGAGAUCCAGUCGCAGAUGUCGGAGCGGGCAGUGGAGUUGCUGGGACUGCCUGAGGACCGGCCGUGCCUCCUCCUGGACGUGGGCUGUGGCUCUGGGCUGAGCGGGGAUUACAUCUCUGAAGAAGGUCACUACUGGAUUGGCAUGGACAUCAGCCCUGCCAUGCUGGAUGUGGCCGUAGAGAGGGAGGUGGAAGGAGACCUCCUCCUUGCAGAUGUGGGUCAUGGCAUUCCCUUCAGGCCUGGCAUGUUUGACGGCUGUAUCAGUAUUUCUGCAGUGCAGUGGCUUUGUAAUGCUGAUAAGAAAUCACACAGCCCUCUAAAACGCCUUUAUCAAUUCUUCUCAACUCUUUAUACUGCCUUGGCCCGAGGAUCCCGAGCCGUCCUGCAGCUGUACCCCGAGAACUCAGAACAGCUGGAGCUCAUCACGGCCCAAGCCAUGAGAGCUGGCUUUACCGGGGGAAUGGUGGUAGAUUACCCCAACAGUGCCAAAGCCAAGAAGUUCUUCCUUUGUCUCUUUGUUGGGGCAUCUGGUGCGUUACCGAAGGGCCUUGGUACUGAGUGUGCUGAUGGAGAAGAGAUACACCAGGCAAAGUUCACCAAUGAGAGGACACGGUUCAGAAACGCCAAGGGCAAGUCUGUGAAGAAAAGCCGGGACUGGAUUCUUGAGAAGAAGGAGCGUAGACGGCGACAGGGCAAGGAAGUGCGAGCAGACACAAAAUACACAGGUCGAAAGCGCCGCCCUCGCUUCUGAAUUGCUCUGGACACUGCUGGUGUGGAAGAUGGUGUAUUGGUCUCUUCAGCGAGCCUCCUGUGGAUGGGCACCCCAGGCCUGAGACUUUCUGGAUCAGGCCAUUUUGGCUCUUGGAGGUGCAAACUGACUCAGGUGCUACCCAACAGCCAACUGCAAAGCUUCCAGCCCUGUUUUCCUGGUGAAGGUAGAGUGGCAGACAGUGCUCUGGCCACUUGGUGUCUGCAAUACCAUUGCUAUCUUCCUGAGAGUGCAGUGAGCCCAUCUGGAGCUCCAGGUGAGCCAGAACAUUAUAUCCAGCUUCCUCCCUAAA